UCUCUCGCCGGUGCUCUGAACUUUGCCUCGAAGCUCGCAUGGCCGCAUCCUGCACUGGGCUCCCGCAAACAGAUGCUCUAGACCCAGCUUAGCGAGGCCACACGUCUCUCCCGAGACCCCCAUCGAGCCAAGGCUCCGAGUGCCCUUUCAAGGAGGUCGCUGGUUGGAAGAAGAAGAUAAAAGCCAGAUCCUUGGAGGCCCAGCUGGAUUUUGAAAGCUCCUGGUCCCCUCCAGCUGCCGGAGUGACCUGAGAAGAUAAAGCCUCUUGGCUCAGCACCUCCAUCCCUGCAUUUCCAAGAACCCAGGAGGACGCGCCUUGGGAAAACCAAGUUGCUUUCUACCUCUCGCCAUCUCUCUCCAGCCCACAGAGGGAAGGAGGAGAUGGCCGUGGCAGCCAACGGCUCUGGUGGGACGCACGAUGUUCCGCUGGACAUCGGCUUUGCUGGCACCGAAGACCUUGUUUCUGACUGGUACAUCUAUGAAACCGUGGAGCCAGCCGUGCCACAGGAUGACAUGUUUCCCAGCGCAAUCCCAGACUGCGACCCCACCGUUUCUCCCAGACUGUAUCACGUCUGCAUGGCACCCGUCUCUCUGGCUGUGCUCGUGGGCUUGUCCUUGCUGGUGAAACGCAGGCGUCUCCAUCGGAGCUGCUGGAACGGGGUCCCAGGACUGCUCAGCCCGGCCAACUUUCUGGAGGAGGAAGGCAACCGAGGGCUGGUGGCUGCGGUGUUUGGCAUCCUGUUCUCCUCCCUGUGCGUGCUGGUCUUGGACAGGGACCCUCUGCCGCUCAUCACCCACUCUUCCCAGAGCACCCGGGAGUACUGGAAGAUCCUGGCUUUGCUCUACUACCCUGCCUUCUACUACCCCCUGAUUGCCUGUGCCACCGUCCGGCACAGGGUCAGCUACCUCAUGGGCUGCCUGCUCUCCUGGUGUCACUGCGUGGUCCACAUCUGGCAGAAGGUGGAUUGUCCCCAGUCACCCAAGAUAUACAGGUACUACUCCACUCUCUCUUACGUCCCCAUCAUCCUCUGCCUUGUGCUCUUAAGUCUUUGGUAUCCAGCCCUGCUCAUCAGGAGCUUCACUGAGCAGGAGGAGACCUUGGAUAAGGAGGUUACAGGGAAGGGUUAUUACAAGAAGUACCUAAAGUCUGUCCUGUCCAAACGCCCUCAGAAGGGGAGCUCCGCCAAGAUAGAAGAAAACCUCCUGUCGAGGGUCCGGACGUAUUUACGCUCCUACAUCUACGCUCCCGAGGAAGGUUUCCGGAUCCCCCUGAAGCUCGUCCUGUCCAUAACCACGGCCGUGAUUGCUGUCUACCAGGUGGCCCUGCUGCUCCUGGUGGCCGUUGUCCCCACCAUCCAGAUCGUGCGGGCGGGGAUGACAAAGGACAUCGUGGUGUUAUUGGUCCAGUUUGGCUUGGUGCCCUCGGAGAGCCCAGCCAUCCCAGGUGACAUGGAGAAAGAGCUCAACACCGUCAAAUAUUACCUGUGGUCACUGGAAGUCUGCUACAUCUGCUCGCUGGUGCUGUGCUGCCUGCUGACCUGUGCCAUGCUCCUGAGGACGCUGGUGAUGCACAGGAACAACCUGAAGGCGCUUUACCAAGGGGCUGUGCUGGACGUUUUCUACAAAGCCCAUAUCCUCCGCCCAUCCCGACGAGCCAUCGUCUGCUGGAUGAGCUUUGCCAGCUUCCAGACGGCUUUCGCCUGCCUGGGUCUCCUCAUCCAGCAAGUGAUUUUCUUCAUCUGCUCGGUGGGGUUUACCUUCCUCUUCAUCAUCCCGCUCCAGUCUGGCACAAAUACGUACCUCUUCAAAAUGAUUCAGAACAUGUGGCCCUUCUGGUUGACCCUGGUCAUUGCCGUCAUCGUGCAAAAUUUGGCAGCUCACUACCAAUUCCUGGAGCAGCAUCCCCUCCGGAAGGAGCUCACCAACAGGCGAGCUCUCUACAUAGUCACCUACCUGCUCUUCCCCAUCAACGUCUUGGUGGGUGUCCUGGCUGGGGUAUGGAGGAUGGUCAUUUCUGGCCUUUAUAACUCCAUCCACUUCGGCCAGCUGGACAUCAGCCUGCUAAACCGCAGCGUGGAGACCUUCGACCCAGCCAGCCCGGUCGGAGGGGCCGUCGGGGCUCCGGGCCACCAACGUGGAAGAAGGCAUCCAGCUGAUGCAGCCCAAGAAGGCACCACCGAGCAGAGCCAGGUUCAAGCAGAGCCGAGCCCGGUGGUGGCUGGCCUACACUCUCCUCAACAACCCCUCGCUGACAGCUUGCCGGAAAACCGCCCUCUCCGACCCCACAGCCAACGGCACCCAGCUCAGCCACCCCAAGCCCUGACCUCCAGAGAAGCCUCCCCACCUCUCUCUGCCUCCCUCCUCCUGCACACUCCUGUCCCAUCCCAUCCCUGUCUCCCGUUGACUCUCCUCCUGCUCUGGCAGGAGUUUUGGGCACCUCUUGCCCCUCUCCAGCCUCUGGUCCCUCUCCAGUGGUGAUGGGGGCUGGUUUUUAGCUCUACCAAGGUCCAGAGGCGAAGACAGAGCCAAGGCCAAUGGGUGACCUCCAAGCCCGACCUAGAUGGAGAGGCCUUGAUGAGCCAAGCUAAACCCUUCAGGCAUCUCAGAAACACCUUCUGAAGAGUCACUCCUGCAACGAGUCUGCCAGCUCUCAACGGUUGUCUUUCUGACGUGUGGCAAGGCAGGCACAAGUCCCCAGCACCAGGGCAGUAAGGAAAGGGGGAGAAGGUGUGUGUUUGUGUGUGUGUGUGUGUAGGGAUCCUCAGCCAGACAGAGCACAAGGAGUUACCUGCGUCCUGGCGUGGUCUUCCUGCAGAGAAGGUCCCUGCUGCCAACCCCAUCCCCAGCUUCUCCCUUUCAGGGCUGAUCCUGGCUCUCCUCGAGUGCCAUGCCUAACCCCGGGACUCUUAUUCCCCACCCCAGUAUCAUGAAGGCUGAAAUCCCCAUCUGCUCUGUCCUGGGCCAUGAGGCUGCAGAGCCAUUCAUUUUCUGUUCCCUGUAACUCUUGUCCCCUCGGUGCCUCUUACUGCCACUCCGUUGUUUUUUUAAAGCCAGCGGUUGCCCAGGGUCAGUGACCCUCUGAGCGAGCUGGGCUUGAAUCCGUAGAAAGCAGUUUUACACCUCGCUUGGACGUGCCGAGUUGGGGAAGGUUAAUAAAUCACAUACCUCAUUCCUA